AAGUUGUAGAACGCAAACUCAUCACCAUCACAAGUCAUAACACCAAGAUAUUUUUGGCCAUUUCUAUUUUCUUUAGUUUUGCUUAAAUCACGAUAGGCAACGUCCCUCAAACCCCAAGAAGUUCCUCGACCACCGUCAACAAUGGUGGUCCUCAGCUACUUCUCAGUGAACUGCGCCACCACACCCAUCUCUCAGGACUCUUCAACCCCAACUUCACCAAACCCUAGAGAGACCAAAGUCAUCCUCCCCAAAAAAAAGCCUCAAAAAUGGUCCACAGGCGUUGCUCCAGGCGAUUACGGUGGACCGCCGACCACUUCCAAGCUUCGGAAGUAUUGGGGUGGCGAAGAAGACCCUUUGACCUCUGAUGAUUUUAUAUGGAACAAGGACUUCAUGGGUCGGAUGAAAAAAUUGAUUCAGGACCCUGAUUCGUCUUCGCUUCAACCACCUCCGGAUAAGGAAGAGUCUUCAGGCUUCCUAAGCAUUAGUAGAGUCAUGAGCCUUGACAGUUUGGAAGUUGAUUUGAGCAAAGAGCUUUCAGCACCUUCAAGAACUGUUUUAGAACAGCAAGUUGAGGCACCACCUCGAAGGGAUGGUAACACAUCACGCAGAUGGAAAUUGGUACCAACACGGCGUGAACAAGAGAAGUGGGAUAGAGCGACUAAAGCUGCUACUGGAGGCAGUGAUGUGAUGUUUCGGGAAAUCAGGAAGCCUAGGGGGGACCCAAAAGUGUUGGCUGCUGAGUCAAGGGAGCAGUAUUUUAAGUUGAAAAAGAAGUUGCAAAUCUUCACAUUAGGUCUAGGUGGAGUUGGUUUGGUCUCAGCUUAUGUUUCUUAUUCUCCUGAAAUCGCUGCUAGCUUUGGUGCUGGAUUCAUUGGUUCUUUGGUGUACAUACGUAUGCUUGGAAGCAGUGUGGAUUCCAUGGCAGAUGGAGCCAAGGGCCUUAUGAAGGGGGCAAUUGCACAGCCAAGGCUGUUGGUUCCUGUUGCAUUGGUCAUGAUAUAUAAUCGGUGGAAUGAGAUUGUUGUUCCAGAAUUCGGAUUCAUGCACUUAGAAUUGAUACCAAUGCUUGUGGGAUUUUUUACAUAUAAGGUCGCCACUUUUGUCCAAGCUAUAGAGGAAGCACUGACUAUAGUUGGAAAAGAUACCCAAGUUAGAUGAAUCCUCUUGCUGCAUGUAUAAGCUGGAUUUUUCUAAAGUGCUUCUGACAGCUUGUAGAGGUAUGUGGCUUCCAUGUUUGUUCCAUGGUUUUUGACUUAAAAAGAUGCGACCUGAGCUAAACCUGCCAAAAUUACAAAGUUUAGAGCCAUCGUUUGCUAAUUUGAGUAUGUAUAAUCUUUAAACUAUUUAUCUGGCUUUUUGAAUGUCUUGUAAUUUCCUGGAAUUUUCAUUUUAUUUUCAAAUGAAUUGAUAAAACUAUAUAAAAGGCCUCUUUGGGCUGACUAUCAACUUGUAGUUCUAACAAUAAAAGUAAGAAGCAACUACCUUUUAUAUGCAAUUGAUAUUUUAUGUUCAGAAACUAUACUUAUUAACAUCAUGCUCGAGGAAGAGCAGGGAUAAUCUCACACUUGGGAGUUCUAUACAAAUCAAGCAGGGUAGUCUUACACUUGAGAGUUCCAUACAAAUUUGAAAUUUUCAAAGGUUCUUAAUGGUUAAAACUUACGAUCCAUGUAGUACCCUUCAAGCACUACUACCUUUUUCUUCUGUUUUUUUUUUUUUUUUUAAAUUUGCAGGUUGUUGCAUAAUUUGGUGGGAUUGUGCUGCUAGUUAGUGAAGGAUAUCAAGGGAUGUGGGUCGAAGAAAAAUGGAAACCAACUGUUAUUAUUGUUGUCAGUCUGGCAAUUCUUGUAUGACUGGAAGGUUGUUAAGGACCUUAAGGGAUUGAAAUUGUUGGUUAAUGCCUGAAAAAGGUGUUGUAAUUCCCAUCAUGUAUCAUUUAUGAAAUAAUGUGUGAUCAAUACAAUUUUGAACAUUGAUCGAAA